UAAGUGGUAUGACCGGCAGCAUAAAGUGUGGGUGCUCUCGGUAACUUCAACUGACGGCUGCAGAAACCGACACGCAAGCAGGCACAAUUUGCGGAGUCACACCGUAACAGCGCAAACAUGGAGUGGACCCCAAUGGAAAUCAACCCCGAGAUGCUGAACAAGAUGAUGAUCAAGCUAGGCGUGGGUGAAAACUGGCGCUUUGUUGAUGUGCUGGGGCUGGAGAGUGAGCAACUGUCCGCCGUCCCGAAACCAUGCUGUGCCUUAAUGCUGCUCUUCCCACUGACACAACAGCAUGAGUCUUUUAGAAAGCAGCAGGCAGACAAGGUUGCAGGAGGCUCUGAGGUUUAUUUCUUGAAGCAGACAGCAGUCAAUUCCUGUGGCACCAUUGCCCUGCUGCAUGCUGUGGCCAACAACAAGAGCAAACUGACUUUUGAUAGUGACUCUGCCCUGAAGAAGUUUCUAGAUGAGACUGCAAACAUGUCUGCUGAUGACCGCGCCAAACAUCUGGAGAAAAACCAGGCAAUCUGUGAGGCUCACAAUGAGGUAGCGGUGCAGGGCCAAUGUAGGCUGGAAGCUGACAAAGUCAACUUCCACUUUAUUGCCUUUGUCAAUGUGAAUGGACAACUUUAUGAAUUUGAUGGAAGGAUGGAUGGACCAGUGAAACACGGCGCUACUAAAGAUGAGUCGUUCAUAAUGGAUGCAUCCAAAGUGUGCCGUGGAUUCAUGGAAGAGAGCAAGGCGAGGUCCGUUUCUGCUGUGGCUCUUUGCCAAAGUUAGAUGUAUUCGUUAGGACACACAACCAAAUUGUUAACCAAAAUGUCCUGAAGCACUCACAUAGCAAACACAAUCAGCAGGCACCCAGUACAACCUGCAAACGCAUACAUCUGCAGACACUAUGCACUACAACGCACAUGUUGAUGCCACAUACUGUACUUUCAUCUCAUGAACAAAGCCUUCUUAAGCACAUGUACACAAACACGCCAUCAAAUCUUUUGGAUCUGCUGACACUUAGUGUUUUCCAAACCAAGCUUGUUUUUUUUUUUUAAUUCUUUUUUAAUGUGAUAUUAUUUAGCAAUGGGAAUUGUAAAACAUAAGGUCUGAUCUCACCACUGCUUGUGUGCACAUGUGUAUUUGUCCUUUUUGCAACUUGUUUUGUAAUCAUUGGUGUAUCUGUGUCAAACUUAGAAACUGAUGCUUAAAUACCUGUUAGUGCCAAUAGAAAGAAGAAAGCAAAGUGAGAAGGAAAAGGCAAACAACUUGCAUGGAGAAACGUGUUUCCUGUUUCUCUGAAUGCUUUUAGUGGCUGUGUGGUUGCGAUUAUAAGGAUCUGACAUUCCUCAGAACAGCCCAAAUGUAUCCGUAGGAAUAAUUUAACCAUUGUUCGUAGAAUGUGUGGAACCUUUUGAGUGACGUUGCUUUGAAAGACGGGUUUUCUUUGAGACGUUUGCGUUUUUAUAGUGAAAAAAAUGGCAGUGGGGGAUUUCAGUAGUUUCCCUAUAUGUUUUCAGGAAAAAAAUACAAUUUGAAUUAUGUUUUCUUAAGUUAAUCCACAAAUACUCAAAUAGUCUACAGUGUUGGUGUGCAGGUUUAACACAGAAAAUAAUAAAAUAUAAAGUGCUACUCUAUGUUGGGUUGUUGACGUGCAGGGGAAUAGUACUGUAGGUCUAGGCUGUGCACAAAUCGUUUACCUUUCUGCACUUUCCAAAUAUGUUGCUGCAGUUCUGUUGGUGAUGCAUCUUUGGGAAUUCAAUAAAGCAACCGUUAAACUUA